GGCUGUGCUCUGCGCCUCUGCCGCAGGGGGGCGCUGCCGCCCUUGCCCGGCGCUGGCGCGCUGCUGGCGGUCCCCGCGGCAGGGCGUGCCACUUGCAAGAUGUCCGUGAGCCGCGGCCAGCGGCCGUCGCGGCGGGGGACCCGCCUCUCCUGGCUGCUGUGCUGCAGCGCCCUGCUGUGCCCGGCCGCCGGGUACGUGAUCGUGAGCUCCGUGUCCUGGGCUGUCACCAACGAGGUGGACGAGGAGCUGGACAGCGCUUCCACCGAGGAGGCGCUGCCCGCGCUGUUGGAGGACUCGGGCAGCAUCUGGCAGCAGAGCUUCCCGGCCUCUGCUCACAAGGAGGACGCGCACCUGCGGCCCCGGGCGGGCGCCCCCCGCACCAAGCAGCCCCAUGCGCCACUGGGGAUGUUCUCCUACCGGCGGGAGAGCCGCCAGGCGGCCAGCGGCGCGUCCCCCGGCCCGAGGCUGCGCGCCGGCACCGCCCGCUCCCUGGCCCACGCCAGCGCCUGGGGCUGUCUGGCCACCGUGUCAGCCCACGAGAAGAUCCAAGGACUGCCCUUUGGGAACUGCCUGCCCAUCAGUGACGGCCCCUUCAACAACAGCACUGGGAUUCCUUUCUUCUACAUGACAGCCAAGGACCCUGUAGUGGCCAAUCUGAUGAAGAACCCAAUGGCCUCACUGAUGCUGCCAGAAUCAGAAGGAGAAUUCUGCAGAAAAAACAUCGUAGACCCAGAAGAUCCCCGAUGUGUAGGGUUAACGCUCACUGGACGGAUGAUGGCAGUGUCUCCAGAAGAAGUGGAAUUUGCCAAGCAAGCCAUGUUUUCAAGGCACCCAGGAAUGAGGAAGUGGCCCCGUCAGUAUGAAUGGUUCUUUAUGAAGAUGAAGAUAGAACAUAUCUGGCUUCAGAAAUGGUAUGGAGGUGUAUCCAAUAUUUCAAAGGAGGAAUAUUUCAAAGCAGUUCCCAGGAAGGCCUGAUGGAGUAAGAAAAAAGUCCUUGGUGUUUGCAUGAAAAAUGAAAACCUCUGAAGUGAUGCUUCCAGACAGCUAUUGACUGCUGUCUCUUUGUUGAACAGUUCAUAGCAGAAUGAGAGAGGGUGGACAGGGAACCCUGUGCUAGAUUUGAGAAUAAAGUGGUCGUUGGCAGAUCACCAACUCACACAGUACUUCACAGAGAUAGUCUUUGUUUACGUGUAUUCAAUCCAGACUCACCUACUUGGAAAUCAUUAUUGGCUGUCAAGAUGACAUGUUGAGACUGUUGCUCCUUCAUUCUUUAAGAAAAAAAAAAAUUAUGCCUAUAUGUAAAUGUGAUUGCUUUGUAUUGUGAGAGUAUUUUUGCUGCUUGCUGUGCCAAAAGCAGUCUUGAUUCUAAGCUCCUUGCAAUCACAAAGGAGCUGAAUAUGAAUCCCACAACCACAAUAUUGUAUUUAGGGUGCUGGUAGAAGACUGUUUGUCCAUGGAUUACAUAUCCUGCUACUGCAUUGCACAUGCAUUGUCAUAUUAGUUAGAAUGUUCUAGUCACUUGCAGAGCUUUUUUCCCACUGUAAUAUGAAAAUCAGCCUAAGAAUACACACAGCUUGUGCAUGGCCCUUCUGUACAUAAGUGGCCCAUGGCAUUGAAGAGGCAGGGAUAGCUGCAGCAUUAAGUUCCCCAGAUCCCUGAUGGUCAUGCUUCUGACAAAGGUCCCCUCGUACGUGCAUGAACAGUGGCAUACAAAAUAAGAAGCACCUCAAUCUGCAGUGUGGAGAGGACAGAGGGGGAGUUAGGAAAGCAGAAGCAACAUGUCAGAAAAGGAAGGAAAAUCAGCAACUGGAGACCUGCUCUGCUCCUUCCUGGGCCAGGCCCUCCCCAGUGAGGUGCAUGUCCUCGUUGUUGCUUACAAACAGGGCAGCUGAGGCCCAGAGAGGCUAAGGCCCCAUCCUAAGGUCUGACUCCAGAGCACAGGGUGGGCACAGUACUUCAGAGAACAUUUCCAGUUUUUUUAAAAAAAUGAAUUGAAAUGCACAGAUAUAAACUGAACCAGGAAUUUCAGUAAAAUUGGAAAAGAAAACGAUUGGCUUGCCUUGAAAUGAUUUGUCACUGCUUUCAGGGGGAAAAAAAAAGGCCUGCUUUCAGAAAACAAACCAUCUCUGAAAUUUGAUUCUUGCUACUGAUUUUAAAUUUUCUACAAAUUGUAUGUAGGGGCUCCUGGUGUUUGCAAGAAACUAGUCUUACCUGUGUACACUCUUAAGGCCUACAUGGACCUAUGUAUAUAAAUCCAAGACUUAUAAUUGAAACCUGUACAGGAUCUAGCAGUACCCAAAUUUUCUGUCUUUCUAUUAUAGCUAUAAACUCUCAUUGGUGGAUUCAGUAUGUUGUAUGGCAUAAAAAUACAUCACUAUAUAUGAGAAAUUUGUCAAAAAAAGUGUUAUUAAUGUUAUAUACUUUGUUUAACAAAAUAAGACAUGAUGAGAAUUUGAGUUGUCAAAAUAUGUUAAGUGCCUAUACUAAAAACAUAGUAAAAUACACAGAAUUCUUUACUUGUCAUAAGCCAAUUCUCAAGAGUUCCUAACGAUGGUGAUUUCUAAUACAUAAGAAUAAAGUAACUUAGAGGGUAUUUCAUAUUUACAAAGCUUAAAAUCAUUGCUGCCCUCAAUUUAGACUAAGGGGGAAAGCUAGAACAAACCACAUACUUAAAAUACUCCAUAGGUCAACCUCAAACCUUAACUCCUGAAGCAUCACUGCCUCUUGGCUCUGUCCUACAAAUAAUGUCUCUGAGCUGGGUUUGCUUCUGUAGUUCCAUUUAGCUCCUUAAAAGUCACUGCUGCUUCAAGGAGCUCUGCAAAAUGGGAAGUGUAUUAAAACUAUGCAUCAUAGCUGUUUAUCCAAAUUACAGGAAAUGUGGUGAAUAAAGCCCUUCCUCUUAUUAAAAAAACAAAAACAAAUUACAGGAAAUGAAAUCUGAACAGCUUGGAUGAUAAGAAUAGUGUUGAAAAUUCAGAGUUUUAAGUCUGAUGGACCCCAUUCAGACAAGUAUGUUUCAGGAAAUCUUUAGAACUCUACAUCGAUUAAAAUUUUAAAGGCUGUACUGGAAGUUCUAGCCAUGGCCAUAAGACAAGAAAAAGAAAUAAAAUCAGAUUAGAAAGAAAAAAAUACAAGUACCCUU